AUGGAGCAAGGAAUGGAGUCGAUAAAGUGUGUGGUGGUGGGUGAUACUCUCGUCGGUAAGACUUGUCUACUUGUGCGCUACACAACCGGAGAAUACUGCAGCUCAAUGCCUAGUACAGUGUUUGAAAACUAUACUGUUACAGAGAGGGUAAAUGGGAGACCUUUCACCAUCAGCAUUUUCGACACAUCGGGUAUAGAUGAUUAUUCCCGUGUUAGGCCUCUUGCGUAUCCUCAAACUGAUGUCCUUUUGGUAUGUUUCUCGCUCGUUUCUGUCAAUAGCUUUGAAACUGUUAGAGAUUAUUGGGUACCAGAAGUGAGAGAUUUCUGUCCAGGCACACCAAUCAUUCUUGUUGGCACAAAGCUCGACUUGAAGGAUGACCAACAUACCUUCAGACAACUGAAAGCAGUGUGUCAAAGGCCUGUAAGAUAUGUGGAGGGCGUCAUGAUGCAGAGGAAGAUUGGGGCUGUAAAGUACUUGGAGUGCUCAGCAAAGACAGCCGUGGGACUGAAACCAGUGAUUUAUGAGAUUAUCCGUGCUACUGGAGGACCAUCUUUUACAGGUAACGGGAAGGGAAUAUAA